AUGCACCGUUGUCUUUUAGAUUUUAUUAUCAUGACAUCGGAAAAAUGUCAACAUUUUAGUUCGAAUGAAAUUCAAUGUCAGAAGAACCUCUUUGGACUUUGUUUUCAUUGUAAUUUACGUAUGUGUAUGGAUCAUCUUCAACAACAUAUUGAAGAAUUAUCAACAAUUCAAGAGAAAUUUCACUUAUUGAUUGACAAAACAAUUGAACGAAAAACAUCUUUACUAUCGAUACAAGCACCUCGUCCUGUUGAACAAGAUUUUCUUCGUUUACGUGAACAAUUAGACAAAUGGUAUGAGCAAAAGUGUCAACAAAUCACAUCUCAAAUGGUUCAUGGUGCCAAAUUUAAUCGAUUGAAAACUAAAUAUUUAAAUGAUGUUAAUGCAUUUUUAUCGAGACAAAAAAAUAAACAACAAGUAAAUAAAGUUGAUUUAGAUGAAGCAACAUUAUAUGGAGCAAUAUUGGAUGCAUCAAUUGAACAAUUAUCGAGAAUAUCUAAUAGAACAUGUCCGACAUUCGCAGAGAUAAUGAAAAAUACUGAUGUUGAUACGGUUAAUUUAAGUGAUGAUAAUGAGCCACUUAUGCCUUUUUUUCAUGUGAAUCAAAAUACUAAUCAUUUACAAGACAUGGAGUCUGAAACUACUACAAGUUCUAGUCAUAAACUUAGACGAAAUGUUAAACGAUCACUUCGAUCUGCUGUUCGUAUUCGUCGAAAUACUACAAGCAAUUUUAGAAUCAAAUGUGAACCACAAUCAUUGCCAGAAAACAAUCACGAUGUUGAUGAGAAUGGAAAUGAUACCAGUAUUCCAGAAAACACUACAUUUAAUCGUAUUGACGAUGUAGAUUAUAUUUUUAAUAAUGGAGCUACGACAGAAAUGUUGUCUGAAUUAGCUCGAAUCGGUAAUGAUAAAUGGAUGAGGAAUAAUGAAGAUACACAUGCUCAAGAACAAAUCGAACAAUCGUCAGAUGUUGAACAAGAAGAUGGAUACGGAUUGGGUCAUAGUUUUGAUUUUACAAAUGUACCCAAUAAAAGAAUAUUUCAACAAACACGAAGAGAUCAUGACGAAGAUGAAAGUAUAUGUGAUGAUACCGAUUUUGGGCUAUUUUCGCCAAAUAUUGAAAAAUUUAUACACUGUUCAAAAUCAGUUCAAGUGACUCAAACACUUGAUAUUUUACAUGCUGAAAAACGUAUCUAUGCAAAAAAUAAUUCAGCUCAGGAUUGUGAACAACAGUCGAAUAGUGGAAAUGAAGGAGAUUUAAUGGGAACUCAUGAUGCCAAUGAUACAGACGAUAUUGGGGCUGAUCAAGAGAAUAAAGUAGUGACACAAUCUUUACGAUCGUAUGAAUGCUAUGAAUGUCCGUUGAAAUCAUCGAAAACAGUAUUUGGUUUGAGUUCAAAACACAAACUUCGAAAUAUUCCAUGCAAAAAAUAUCUUUCACCACCAUUUGCUCUAUACGAUCAUUUGCAACAUCAUCAUGAUCUAAAUCAUCAUGCCGCUUCGAAGAUCAUUCAAUUAUUAAUUAAUAUUGCGAAAAAUGGCUUAAUAUUAGAUUCUAAUAUUGAUCUAUUCUCACAUGAAACAAUACAAAUUAAUCGUCAAAAUCCAACACGAUUUAAAACAAAUUGUCCUCUAACACAAUACGGGGUUUAUGGUGUUCUCAAACAACAUCAGAUCAGUCUAUGUACAGGUAGACAUGGUCUUCUUCGUGAUCAUCUUUGUCGAUAUCAUAAUUUUGCUCCCGUAUGUGCACGAAAAUUCGUUAAGGCCGUAAUGAAUAAAAUAAAUAAAACAGAACAAUUAUUUGAUCCAAAUGAAGUGAUUAUUGAUCAGAAUUUAGAGAUAACAUGUCCAUUUGAUGUCAAUUAUAGUGGAUUACAAACGUUUAAUAUUAAUCAUCCUGUAACAAAUACACCAUGCUCAAAAAAACUGAAAAAAUUUAAUUUACAACAACAUUUACGACAACAUCAUCACUUAACAUUAGAUGAAACACGACGAAUAAUGCGUGAACACCGUAAUGAUCACAAUUUAAAUAUAACAAAAAAUGAACAUGAUGUUAGUAAUAAAUUAAAACGAUCAAAAACAUUAAAACGUCUUCAAUCGAAUCAACCGACAUAUUAA